AUGCCGAGCCAGAUUUACGCUCCCGUUCCCGUUGCUGCUUCGCAGCGCAAGGGUCUGCAGCUUCUCACAUCUGCAGACCUUGUUGCCAGCCUAAAUGCAACGCUGGCCACACCAUCCGUUCCGAAGUACAACGGCAAUAGCACCCGCCUCAGUGUCGAUAUGCCCUACUACACCAUUCCCGAGGACGACUACACCGUGCCGGCGCCUCCUCCACCGAGUCCCGUCAGCUUCCGCAGCGAGAAUUGGCCUACUGCGAUGUCGGUCGCAAAAAAUAACGGCGUGUCGCCCGUGUGCCAUUAA